AUGGUCGAACCAGUAAGGAAAAAGCAGAAGAUCGAUCGCGGUACUCAUCAUAUUGGGACUGAACCAGUGACAGAAGCCAAAAAUACACUGUAUAUUAGCCAGCUAAAUGAAAAGAUUAACAUGCAACGACUGCGAGUAAACCUGUUUCUGCUAUUUGCUACAUUCGGAGAGGUAUUAAAGAUUAGCAUGAAUUUCAAGAAACAGCGGGGCCAAGCAUUCAUCACCAUGAGAACCAUCGAUCAAGCAAGUUUGGCCCAAAUUUCAUUGAACGGCGAACUAUUCUUUGGAAAGCCUUUAAAAGUUGAAUUUAGUAAGAGUGAAACAAAAACGCUAUGA